UUUUUUUCUUAUUAUUAUUAUUAUUAUUAUUCUUAUUUCCUUUUGACUUAUAUAUACCUUAUCUAUUUUAUAUUUAUUCAUAUUUAUAUACCUUAUUUUUAUUUUAUUUAUUUUUUAUUCCCCGUUUUUCAAUAUAUUAACGUUUUAUCAAAAUAUGACUGUUGAUGAUACAAUUCAUAACAAUGAUAUCAAGUCUCUUGAACAACAAAAACAAGUUUAUGAAAAUAUGACUUAUGAUCAAAUAACUCAACAUAUGGAACAAAACUAUAAAGAACUAUCCGAGAUCUUGGGUUCUCAACACUUGGUUAGUGAUUCUAUUGCUUCUUUGGACGAUGAUGACGAAUCUGCUUCUUCUACUACUUCUGCUAUUACUUUAUUUGAUGACGAACGUAUUGUCGACCAACCCAAUAUUGACGAAUCUACUAAAAGAAUCAAAAUGAAUAAACUUUUUUCAAGAGCAGCUUCUAGUGGAGACUUGGAAAAAUUGACCAUGUUCCUGAAUCAAGUAAAAUAUAGACAAUAUAUUGAUAUCAAUGUCAAGGAUGAAGAUGGUACCACUCCUCUCAUUUGUGCUUCUUGUUUUGGUAAACUGGAAAUUGUACAAGCUUUAUUAGAUGCCAAUGCAGAUACAAACAUGCAAGACUCAUUUGGUUGGUCAGCAUUAAUGUGGGCAACAAAUAAUAAUCAUGAACAUAUUGUCAAGUUAUUAUUGGAUCAUGGAGCUUCAUCUAAUACUAAAUCUGCCAAAGGAAGAACUGUUAUGGAUUUUGUCAACACUGAAAAGAAUCACAAAAUGGCCGAUAUUAUUCUUAGUAACACAAACAGCAAUAAUACUUACAAUCCUCGCGAUAGUCUUUCUUCCACCACUUCUAGUAUUGCAAUGGGUCGUAUUCAAUCUUCAACUUCUUCUAUGAUUUUGGAUGGUGAUCAAGAUUUUUAUUAUCAUUCAACUCUAGAAGGCUAUGAUUCUUUUAUGGCUGAUGAGGCAGAUCGAAGACAAAAUUUAUUGGAUGCCACUUUACGUAUGCUACAAAACGAACAUCACGAUCAUGAUGACAACUUGGAUGACCAUUUGGAUGGCUAUGAAGAAGAAGAUGAUGAUACACCAGAAAAUAAAUUUUGUUGGGACAAGUGUUUACCUGAUCAAAUGUUUGUAUUCAAUCAAGAAAAUUUGACAACAUUAUUGGAUACCAUAGUUCAUCAUGCUCAAGUACCUCCUACUUUAAAAAAUGAAGAUGAUGAUGACAUUACUACUACUACUAAUGUGGCUGUGUGGACUCCGGCAAAUAUCAUUUUCUUGGUGGCUCGAUUUGCUCAUUAUUUUUGUACAAGUGAAGUUUUGGAUGAAGUGUUACAAGGCUCUUUGGAAAGAAUCAAUCGUAUCAUCAACGCGAAUACAAAAGACAUCAACAUACUGACUUAUUGGAUGACUAACUUUACUCAACUCUUAUAUUAUCUCAAAAAGGAUCAUGGUUUGGUUGGAGCUACAGCCACUUACCAAUUACAACUAUCUGAAUAUAUUUCGGAAACAUAUACACUGAUGGUUCAUGACGUUCAACAUCGGUUAUCACAAUUACUUGAACCCGGAAUGCUUGGUUAUGGUACAAUUCCUGGUAUGGAGGAUGUCAAUUUUGUGGAUGAUUGGCAACGAUUCUUUCGACGAAGUAAUAGUAACAACAACAGUCAACAAUCAGCACUCACAGCUAUGGCAACUACAACAACAGUAUACUCAGCAGAUAGAGGGGCAAUUGCCGCAACUCCAAGAACUGUGAUUGCAAUUCUUUCCUCAGCUCUUCAGACCAUGCAAGUUAAUCGUGUCCAUCCUACCAUCAUUAUUCAGGCUUUGGCACAAUUUCUUCAUUUUAUCUCUUGUGAUCUCUUCAAUCAUUUACUUACCAAUAAGAAACUCCUUUGUCGAUCUAAAGCACUUCAGAUUCGUAUGAACUUAUCCUAUAUAGAAGAUUGGAUUCGUCAACAACAUCUUCCUACAAGACUUCUCAGUUAUUUGGUUCCCACUAUUCAAGUUUUACAAUUAUUACAAUGUCUGUCUCAGUUGAAAGAUGUCGCUAGUCUGAUGGAUACCAUGGCUACUUGUGAUACAUUGAAUGCUCUUCAAGUCAAACGAUGCAUUGUCAAAUAUCGUUACGAAGUUGGAGAACGUCGAAUUCCGGAAGACAUUGAACAAUAUGUAGUACAAUUGGCAGGUGAUAUGGUCAAAUAUCGUCAAGCUAGACAAUCCUGCUCCUUGGAUGACGAGCGACCAUUAUCACCUCAACAAGAAUAUCAAGAAAAGACGAUAACAACAUCGAUGGUUCGAAGCAGUAGUGAUUUCUCUAUAUGUAAGACUGGUGGUACCGCAUUACGUCGAUCGAAAUCAUCAUCAAGACCUGAAAGCAUGUAUCAAAUCUUGGGUAAUUUUAUGUCUGGAGCUGGACUUGUUGCAUCUCAUUCUGAACCACCUAUGCCUCAACAAACAUUAUCUACUACAGCAAUCAGUGAUUCUACGACUUCAACAUGUCAGAAUGAUAAUCAACAAAAGAAACAAGACGAUGAGGAUCUUGAUGAUAGUGAUGAUCAAAUUCAACAUGAAGAAGAUGUCAACGAUAUGUAUGAAACAAAAGAUACCAAAUUCUUGUUACCAUUUAAGGUUCCACCUAUGGCACAUAUGAAUUUGGGAUAUGCAUCUGAUUGGUAUGGCUUUUCUACAACAACUGAAGGGAACAAGACAACUGGUGGUGAUGAUGAUGAUGGUUUGGUACCUACAAUUCCUGAUGCUUGGAUGGAGAUACUGGAUGGUGCCCAUUGAUCUCUUUUUGUUUCAUUUAUAUUUCUCUUUUUAUUUAUUUAUCUAUUAUAUAUAUAUUUGUUUUAUGUACAUGUAUCCUUGUUAUUCACUUACUUUUAUUAUUCCCUUUUUAUGCCGUCUCCGUCACACCUUUUUCUUUUUUCUUUUUUUUUUUUUGU